AUUUAACUUGCUUGUCCAUUAAGGAAAGAUAUAUAUAUAUAUAUAUUUCUUUAUAUUUUAAAGAUAUCAAUUCGUCUCUUAUAAUCUAUUUAUUAAAUAACUAAUUAAUUUAAAAAAAAAAAAAAGAAAAAAAGAGGUCGAAAGAUGGCAACUAUCAGUGAACCUGGAAUGAAACCAAUUCCUGAUGCAGUGAAUAAAAUAUCUCUCAGCACUCCUGCUACAACAACAGGCAACGGACCAGAACUUACCUUCUCAUCGACACUAGAUGACGCAGAGAAUCUCGAACAGCUCGGACCUGUCAUCAAGCAGAUUACUGAAUCAGGAAAACAAUCUGCUUUUCUAGACCAACUUGAUGCUCUUAUUCGAAAAAAGGAUGGAGAGAUUGAACGCAUGUGCAAUGCUCAUUACCAGGAAUUUGUUCACGCUGUUGAUCAACUUCUUAAAGUGCGACAAGGAUCAGUCAACUUGCGCCGAAAAAUUGCUGAUGUGAAUACUGGCUUACAAGCCAGAGGAAAACAUUUGACUGAAAAGAAAAAAGAACUUAUCGAGGCCAAACGUGUUCAGCAAAACGUAGACAAUGCAAUCGAAGCAUUAAAGACAAGCCUUGUAGUACUUGAAUUGGCUAACAAAGUCAAUCAACAAUUGGAUGAAAAGAAAUAUUAUUCAGCUUUAAAGACUUUGGAUGGCCUUGAACAUGAUCGUCUUAGAGAAAUAUCCAAUUACAGCUUUACCCAACGGCUCGAGAAAGGUGUGCCUGUUAUGCAAAACACAAUCAAAGGUACAGUUACAGUCGAACUCAAAGAAUGGUUGGCAAGAGUGCGCGAAGUGUCGCGUGAGAUUGGAUCGUUGGCUAUGCAAAGAAUGCAAGAAAGACAAGAUAGAUGGAGAACUAAAACAAUCGAAAAUCCAAAAUUAAAGAAUUUGCAGCACCACAAUGUUAAUUCUGCAAUUGAGAUGGUCGUUAAUGAAGGCCAAGAAUCAAGCAUUGUCGAUGAAGUCAGUAUUGAUUUUGAACCUCUUUAUCGAUGCAUUCAUGUGUACGAUACCCUUGGAAAACGCCAUGAAUUUAAAACGUCAUAUGAAGAAGACCGACGUGCACAAGCAAACCUGGCAUUAUCAUCACCAAUCAAUUUGAGAGACGGUAAUCUUGGGCCUUUCCAAACACUUCUUCAAGAUAUCGUGGGUUUUUUUAUUAUAGAACACAUUAUUCUGCACAACACAAGCGAGUUCAGAAGUCAGCUAAAUAAAUUUAAUCCCAAAACAAACAAACAGGUCGAUGCUCUUUGGGAAAUGGUUACAAGCAAGGUUAUGAUGGUAGUAUCUGAAAGUCUAAAGGGAUGCAGAGACCCAGAAUUGUUCCUGAGAAUCAAGUUUAGUUUGUUGAUCUUCAUCCAGACCCUUGAAGGCUUUGAUUACUUCGUAAAGCCCCUUCAAGAAACUUUGCUUGCCCUCUUCCAGAGAUACUCAGAGCUAUUAAUCAACCAAUACAGUGAAGUAUUCGAAAAGAUUGUUCAAGAAGAUGAGUGUAUGCCCAUGACAGUAGAAAAGGAGGAUGAGCUCAAAGAGGUCAUGCAAUAUACCCGAUUCAGACCUGACAAAGAAUUCUUGAAACUACACGGGUUCCCGCUGCGUCUUCCUUUCUCAAAAGUAUUUCCUACUUGUUGUCGUGAUGUGAGCGCUUUUGUACAUCAAUUCUAUCAGUUUGCCGAAGGAUUCUCUCAAACCCACGGAGAGAUGGAUGAUAUAUUGAAAAAGGCUGUUGACAGUCUGUUGAUUAAAAAAGUCAAUGCGAUUUUACUCAAAAAACUGGAGUCAACCAAUCUAUCACAGAUUGUACAGAUUAUCAUCAAUAUCGAAUUUUUCGAGUCUACCUGUCCUGAUUUUGAGAUGCUUCUAAUGGAAACAAGAUCUUUUCAUCGCUCUGGUCGCAUUCAUCUCAAGGCUACCUCAACAUUUAAAGAAACAAGACGGAAAGCAGAGAAGCGUAUUUUCGAGCUAGUCAACUCAAAAUUGGAUGAAUUCUUGGAGCUUUCAGAAUACGAUUGGGAAUCGACCGAGUUGCAGAGACAACCCAGUCCAAACCUACAGGACCUUGUCUACUUUUUGACAAAUGUAACCAAUGCAGCCUUACUAAAUUUGCCUGAAUCCAUCAAAAGUUUACUUUACUUUGAUGCUCUUGAGCAUUUGUGUCAAUCAAUGAAGGCUCUUUUAUUAGAUUCUGACCAAAGAACAAUUACAGAGAUUGCGCUUCAUAACUUUAGUAUUGAUGUAGAAUUCAUCGAAGACUUUGUCCGCAAUCUUGGUGAUCCAGCCAUCACAGAUACUUUCCUUGAACUACGACAGCUUUUGGAUCUUGCUAUGAGCGAGAAUUCUGAAGAGUACUUGUCGCCACCAGUGAGAAACCGAAAAUACAACCGUGUCCAGGGUAGAGAUGUCAUUAUGCUCUUUGAAAAGUUGCUUCGUGAAUCUCCAUCAACAAAUGGAUUGAAUCAACAGCAAAAGAUACGACGUAGAUCCAUGGAGAAUGUGGCAAGAGUUCUUCGCUCUGUUCAUAUUGGAGGACGAUAAAUAGAGUAUAUUUUCUUUUUCUUUUUCUACAAGACAUCUCCUCUUCUUUUUGUUAUUAUUUAUAUAUCCAUAACCUUCAAUUCCUUUGUUUUCGGUUCUUUUCUAUACAUUUAUACCUCGUACAAAAAAAAGAGAGAGGAAGACAAAUUUUGUGGCAUUACAUCUUCUUUGCCAGUUUGGCAAGACUAGCUUCAGCCUUUGCAAUUCCGAGAUCAGCUGCACGCUCAAAUCUAGUCUUCGCAUCUUUAAGUUUUCCAGUAGCUUCAUAUACGCAAGCAAGAUUGUACUGAACUUCACCGUCAAGAGGAUUGAAGUUCGAGGCUUGCUCAAGAUGUUUGAUUGCAUUAGGAAUGUCCUUCAACAUAAUAUAAGCAGAUGCGAUGUUGGUGUGGGCAUCAGCAGAGUGAGGGGUGAAUUCAAGCGAGCGUUCAAAUGAUUUGAUAGCAUCUUUAUGCUUUCCCAUCUGAAAGUAACAGACACCAAUGUUAAAGUAACCAGCACCACUUGGGGCAAUCUGGACACUCUUGUGGUAAUUGUUCAUAGCCAUGUCAAUAGAGCCAUUGUUCAUGUGUUCAGUACCAAGCUUUAUCUGUUCCUCGGCAUCAGCAAUGCGGUCAAACUUUGGUGCACUGACAGUGAAUUUUCGAGUAGCAAUAUGUGUUACACGAGGGGCGACAUGAACUGCAGCGCGAAUUGUAACGGGAAAAGGCAAUCGCUUGGUGGUCAGCUGUCUAAUGAUGGACAUUGGU